UGUCCGUGAUGCUAGAGGCGGGACUUCGAAGCAGCUCAUUAUUUCCCUAUGGAAUGUUAAGCAGUAGGCAACGGUGCCGUUCAACAGCUUUUCAGAUACUACGAUUCAACAUGUUAUUAAUUUUUUACACACUCUUGUUAUGCCUUUUACGGGGUCCACUAGUUAGUAGCACACGGAAUCAGGAAUAUGAUUUAGUGAGGCCAUAUAGACUACGUAUUCGCGUCAGAAGAAACAUUUUCACAAAACAGGUGUAUCCUGAUGAAAUACGAUAUGCAUUAACCAUUGAUGGAAGUAACCACACUAUCCAUCUGGAAAGAAAUAGGAAUCUUAUUAGUAAGGAUUAUGUUGAAACAUAUUAUUCAGAAGACGGAAGAAGGAUGACAACAUCACCAAAUUCCGAGGACCACUGCUAUUAUCAUGGUCACAUACAAGGUGUUGAGGAUUCAUCUGUAAAUGUUGGAAUCUGUGCAGGCAUUAGUGGCUCUGUGAGACUGAGGCAGCAGGUCUACCUGAUCGAACCACUGGAACAUAGCGCCGAUGGCGAUCAUGCCCUUUAUAAACAAGAGCACCUCCAAACCAACAGCAGCAGCUGUGGCCUCAUUAACAGCACCACGUUCUAUGACCAUGACCACAAUGACCCUAACCUCAACCCUAACUAUACCCACUAUGACCAUGACCAGACUCCCAGAGUCGCUGGCCUCUUUAAAUCCAGACUAUGGAAAAAACAAUCUAUCCUCAGCCAAUUAUCUGGAGAAUCUCCGAGAAUUAUCGAGUUGUACUUAGUGGUUGACAACGCAGAGUACAAACUAUAUGGAGAUCAAACAACAGCUCGAAUGAUGGCAAUAGUUAAUCAUGUUGACAAGUUAUAUCGGUCACUGAACAUUCGGGUCAUGCUGGUGGGCCUGGAGAUUUGGAGUAACAAGGACCUUAUAGAUAUCGACAGAGACUCUGACAAGACCCUUGAUAGAUUCAUUUUGUGGCGAAAGAAGGAUCUUCUGAAGAGGGUGAAGCAUGACAACACACAGUUAGUGACUGGCAUCGAUUUUCAAGGUGUUACUGUUGGGUUGGCAAAUGUAUUCACUAUGUGCACUGAAAGCUCGGCUGGUAUCAAUCAGGACCAUCAAAAGAAUUACAUGGGUCUGGCCUCCACCAUUGCUCAUGAGAUAGGACACAAUCUUGGCAUGUUUCAUGAUUCCAAAAUUUGCAGUUGUGGAAUAUCCACUUACUGUGUAAUGGCAGAAAACUUAAGUAGCUCCAGCUACCCAGAUACCUUUAGUAGUUGUAGUCAGGAGAAGCUUAGAGACUUCCUGGAAAGAGCCCAGCCACGUUGCUUGUUGGAAAGACCCACUUCUGACAAAGUAUUCAUGGGUGCUUCAUGUGGCAAUGCCUAUCUGGAUCAUGGAGAGGAGUGUGACUGUGGAACCGUGGAGGAAUGUAAGAACCCUUGCUGUGAUGCUGCAACCUGUCGCCUCACAAGGGGAAGCCUCUGUGCCCAUGGAACGUGCUGCGAGGACUGCCAGCUCAAACAGGCAGCCAGUGUGUGCAGGCCAUCUGCCAGCGAGUGUGAUCUCGCAGAGUACUGCACAGGAAUAUCAGAGCAUUGUCCCGGAGAUGACUUUCAGAUGAAUGGGACACCCUGUGACUACGGCCAGGGCUAUUGCUAUGACGGCCAGUGUCCGACGCAUCAGCAACACUGUCGGAGACUGUUUGGACAAGCGGCUACAGUUGCAGAUGAUUUCUGCUUUGCCCUAAACAGCGAAGGCAAGGAAGGUGCCAACUGUGGAAAGAGCGAACAAGGUUCCUACAAGGGUUGUGCUAGACAGAAUCAGAAAUGUGGAUAUUUGUUUUGUGCCUCUAAUGAAGAUUCCAUCACAGGGAGAAAAAAAGUCUUUACAUUCCCUUCAAAGGGUCAGUGCUUAGUGGCAAUUGAUGAAGACAAAACCAGAAACCUUGAUAUGGUGCCAACAGGAACUAAAUGUGGACCUAAUAAGGUUUGCUAUGAAAAUAAAUGCCUUGAUAUCUCAGUAUAUGGCAUGAAUGAGCAAUGUUCAAAAAAGUGCAACAACAAUGGGGUCUGUGACCAUAAGAAACAAUGCCACUGCCACCCUGGUUGGGCUCCUCCCCUCUGUCAAGUCAAAUACUCCAACCUCCCUCAAGGCCAGGGUGUAGUGAUAGCAGGGAUCUUAACAGCAGCUCUCCUGUUGCUGAUAACUCUGGUUGUUGGAGGAUGGAUGUUUGGCAAAAAGUAUAAGAGAGGCAUCAUCUUCAAAAGAAAGAUGCGCACAUCCACAGGGCUGCUAAACCCCACAGCUAAGGAUGGGCCUGUCAAUGGCAGACCUCUCAAUAAACCUCUAAUCAGUCUACCUACCUUUCUGGGGUCAUCUGCCACACAAGCCUGUAAACCUCAGGUUGUCAUGGUGCCACCCACCCACCCUCCUCCACAGCCACCAAAGAAACUGCAAGGAGAGCAUACUCCAACUCAUACAGACACAACUCAAUGUCUUCCUACAUCUAAACUUUUGUUACCCCUGAAUAGCAUGCUGUAUAUUGCAAGCAAGCCAAGUCCUCCUCCACUGCCUCCAAUGAAGCCUUGUGGUCCUCCACUGCCUCCAGUGAAGCCUUGUGGUCCUCCACUGCCUUUAGUAAAAGCUCGUCCUCCAACAUGUUAUUGAUAUUCAGUUGACACUUUGAAGCAGGCUUCUGGAGGGAGGACACAAGGAUAACAUGGUGAUUCAUGGAACAAAGGAUGGUUCAUGUUACACUCUAGUAGAUCCUGGAUGACGUUUGCUAUAAGUCAUGUCUUGAAAAUGUCCUUGAUGACCCUGGAUGAGGAUGUCUCACAAUCUGCAUCUUAAAUACAGUAGAAAGGGUUUUUUCAGAAAGUUUGGUAAAUUUGUCGUGUACUGUUCAAAAAUAAUUUGGGUACUAUAUACAUGGAAAAUGUUACAGGUUAAGGACAUGUAUUAGUUACGUUAUUACAUUUUUGAUGUUGGUUUGACCAAAGCCAAGUGCCUUAUUUAAGAGAAUGUAUUUAUUGCAAGUUCAUUCUUGAAACCUGUAUACAAUUCAACUAAGGGGUACUUAGCUCAAAUGUAGAACUGCACUGCUCUCUACAUUUUCUUAUUUUUGUAUCUUUUCAUCAUUGAAUGCGUCCUUGUUUUGGUUACCCUGAGCCCACAUCUUACAUUAGUUUCAAAUCAUCUAAAUUGCUUAAACUGUCGCUGCCAAGAUGCCUUGAGGCUGAUGUUGUUGAGAUACCGAAACAGUUACUGUGGUCAUGGGGUAGAUUGAAGAUCAUGUUUUGAGGUGAUGUUGUUGUUGAAAACUGUAAUGUUUCUACUAAUCCUCUAAUGCAAAUAAAUUGGAGGCAUUGAUGGAACUGCAUUUCAAAUGUACUGAUCAGAGUAAAGAUGUAGACAGAUCAAGGGUCCCCCAUCCCAGGCUUUUGGCCCUUCCUUGGCAGUCAUGUGCACGACAAUAAGGAAAGUGGUUGGAAAGCAAAACAUGAGUCAGUGGUGUGCUCAGUGGAGACUCAGUAAUCAGUCAUCUGGGACAGCCAGGAAGGAAAGCUAAGAUACAGAACUGAGGUGGUUUACGACAAGGUGGCAAGACUCCUCAGUGAGCUGUGAUGAUUCACUCUGAUUCACAAUAUUUAAACCACACCUGGUUUUAACAGUAAGAGGUAGUUGAACAGGAUAACUGAGUCAUGGCUAAUUCACAGCAGGAUUGUUCAUUUGGAUACAAUGAAGAUUAGUUUCCUCCAGGAUCACAAUGACUCUUAUUGAGAGACUUGUUGCUCUUGUUGGUUAGUUGUA